AUGUUUACUUACUACAACCCCAAAUGGGCCAACAUCAUGGGGAAGAAUAAAAAAGUGGCCUUGACACAUGCAGAGGUCUGGGAUGAUUCUGCCCUAGUCCAGUCCUGGGACGAUGCUGUCGAAGAAUACCAGCAUUAUUGGAGCAUUCAUGCCAAGGGUGAAAACGUCGAAGAUGUCUUGAAAGAAGCCGAAGAUACUGGUAUUACUCCAGCUGUACCUCACGGUGACAGUGGAAGCACCAUAGCCGCAGAGGAUGGUGCCACUAAACCUGAGAUUGAGGAUGUCUCGAUGACCAUCGCCGAGCAAACUUCCGAGUCUGCUCCUGAGCCUUCUCAGCCCAUUGCUGAUGCCAGUUCUGCGGUUUCCACGCCUGCUAUGCCGAUGCCUCACCCAAUCAUGGCAAACGUCCAAGAUGAGUCGUUGAAGAAUCUCAUGAUGUCAUGGUACUAUGCAGGCUACUACACGGGACUUCAUGAAGGCCAGCAACAGCCAAGCCGCGACCAGAGCUCGUGAUGCGAUUACCGCCUGGGGAUGAAAUGGAAUGUGUUUUGCUUGAGAGAGCACAUUGACGAAUACAAUUUUACCAAUUACAAGGUUAGAAACAAGACAUGGCAGACAAGCAAUGGAACUAAUCAUAUCAAAUUAAUCGUGAA